AUGACUGGCGUCUUCAAAAAUCACAUUAUCGCCUUGAGCGGCACGUUUCCAGGUUAUAAGCAAGCGGUUCUGAUAGACAGAAUUGAAUCCGGCGGCGGAGCUUACACUGCAAAGGUGGUUGAUACAUGUACGCAUCUUGUGACUACGCAGAAGGAAGUAGAUGACAAUAAACCCAAAUGUAAACAAGCUGCCUUGAUCAAAGACUUAAAAAUUGUCUCCUUGGACUGGCUUCUGGAUUCAGCCGCGGACGGGAACCCAGCCACAGAAUCUCCUUAUCUUCUAACAUCAACAACCGCUUCGCCCACAGCAGCAGGUAAUGGCAGGCCAUUGAGGUCAUCCAGAGCCAAACUGCAGCUAGAUGGUUCCAAUGUCAAACCAAGUGUUGACGCUGAUGACGAUGAUAAGCCAGCCAACGAUGUAAAGCCAUCAAAUGGGAAGAAAAAUCCAGCAAAUUCGAAGACCAAACGGACAUUAGCCGCAGACGACGAGGACGCUUCCUCCAAAUCCCAAGAUGAGCCCCCAGCGAAGAAGCAAAAGUAUGCUCAGAAGGCUUCCUCUCCGACGUUACAAGUGCCAGUCGAUGAAAACUACCCACAUCGCUCAACCCAUGAGGUUUUUAUCGACGAUAAAGGUCUUAUAUAUGAUGCAGCAUUGAACCAGACCCAUUCCGCAUAUAAUAACAACAAGUUCUAUCUGAUCCAGUUACUGGUGAACAAAACCUCGGGCAAAUAUACCACAUGGACACGAUGGGGUCGAGUGGGCGAAAAUGGACAAAAUGCCGCAUUCUCUGGGCUCACCCUUGAUCAAGCGAAAGCCACGUUUGAUAAAAAAUUCAGAAACAAGACCGGACUUUCGUGGAGUAAUCGACUCGACCCACCGAGGCUUGGAAGGUAUACUUUCAUCGAGAGGAACUAUGAGGAGGACGCCUCUGACGGCGAGGACGCUGAUCAGAAGAAAACGGGCAAAAAGGUGAAAAAGGAAGAUGAGGAAGAAAUGAAGCUAAUCGAAUGUACAUUGCCGGAGCCCGUCCAGAAAUUUGUCGGUCUCAUCUUUAAUCAGCAACAUAUGCUCUCGACAAUGGCUAGCAUGUCGUAUGACGCAAAGAAGUUACCCCUGGGCAAGUUAAGCAAGCGCACUCUCAUGAUGGGUUUUGCGGUUCUCAAGGAGCUUUCAGAAUUGGUCGCGGACCCGACAAUUGCCAUGCAAAAAUAUGGUCGGCCUUUUGUCCCAGCGGCAGAGCAACUAAGCAACCAAUACUUUACCCUCAUUCCCCAUGUGUUUGGGCGCCAUCAUAUCAUCAAGCGUGAGGUCGAUCUCCUCGAGACUUUAACCGACAUGGAGAUUGCGAACGAGAUUAUGAAAGAUGCAAAAGCCUCCGAAAAUGGCGUACAUUAUCUCGACAUGCAAUAUCAAGGCCUUGGUCUGCAGGAGAUGUCACCACUGGAUCCGGCUACCGCCGAAUAUAGGGAAUUGGAAGACUACCUCGUGAAGUCUCACGGGCACACGCACCAUCUUCGUUACAGGCUCGAACACAUCUUCCGGGUUGAGCGUCAUGGCGAAAAGGAGCGCUUCGAAGCCUCCCCCUUUGCACACCUGCAAAACACCAACCGUCGCCUCCUCUGGCACGGUUCCCGCAGCACCAACUACGGUGGUAUCCUUAGCCAAGGUCUCAGAAUCGCACCCCCCGAGGCCCCAGUAACGGGCUAUAUGUUUGGCAAAGGUAUCUAUUUUGCUGACAUCUCCAGCAAAUCCGCCAACUACUGCUGGCCCAACAGCAGUGGCAAGAUUGGCAUUCUGAUGCUCUGUGACGUCGAGUUGGGGGAUCCGAUGCUGGAACUUGUAAACAGCGACUACAAUGCUGGGGAGAAUGCGAAGAAGCAGGGAAGUCUGUCUACGCUUGGUAAGGGGCAAACUGUCCCGCAGGGUUGGAAGGAUGCGGGCUGUGUGCAUGAAAGUCUUAAAGGGGCUCUUAUGCCGGAUGUCAAGGAUCCCCCGAAGAAGCAGGACAAUACAGAUGUGCAGUUGCAAUAUAAUGAGUAUAUUGUAUAUGAUGUGGCGCAGAUUCGAGUUAAGUAUUUGUUGUACGUGCAUAUGUCUUGA